AUGACCGCCCCGUCUUCGCCGACCUCGCCUUCGUCUUCCUCAAGCCUCAAGCGGCGCUCUCUCCGCCUCGCGAGCCUGGACUCAAAAACGCAAGAGUCGACCUCCCCAUCUCCGCAUACCAGCGGCACGACAACAUACUCGCGACGUAGCUCACGUACUUCACAAACCUCGUUCCAACCACAGUCGCCGGUGACUCCUCGGCCUAUGUCCGCACGCUCCUCACGCAAUUCCUUUCACGGCCGGAAACACUCCCGCACUGCCAGUAUCAACAGUGCUGCAUCUGGCGGUGCACCUAACGGUCCUCAAACCGUUGGUGGACUAGGAAACCUCGCUGACGAGCUGGGCCACGCCUGGGACGACGACGAAGACGAAAACGGCAAUUCACUGCUAGCAGACUUAAGAGAAGGCGAAACAGGGGAGGGAAAUCUCUCUCUUCAGACACCAUACGAAAUGAAUGACAUGCAUGAUUUUGGCUAUGGUGUCACAUUACAUUCGCCCUUACCGCAAGAUGGUAUGCCACUGCAUACAACCUGGUCAAACACCCUGGAGCCUCCAUCCAGACAAUCUGGCCACAAACGGAUGGAUUCGGCGUACGACGGGAGUGACUACGGGCCCGAAUCCGAUUACGAAGACCAGGCCGAAGGAUUGCCGCCUUUACUGCGCAAGCGUAUGCGUGAGAUUGAAAAGCUGGCCCGUGAUUUCCAGCACAGUGAUGAUGCCGUGUCCGAAGGUGGUGGCGUGGUCAAGCGUACUGUUGCCGCGCUACGUGAUCUCGGUCCGCCACAGAGCAAUAUCGAAUACGGGGUCACAAGAAUGGUCACCGCCUACACAUCGAUGGCGACACACCGCACUCACAAGCAGCGGGAUGUAUUCGCCCAGAGCCACUCGUUACUCUAUGGCAAUUCAGCAAUGUACUUGCCAGAAGAAUUCAUCGAUCUGCUCAUCGACGAGAUCCAAUCACUUGGUUCUGCCAUUCCAUUCCUGCCGACCCAAAAUCCACUACUUUCACUACAGAUCUUGGCCAGCCAGACGAGUGAACUGACACAAACGUUGCAAAGCCUUACAGAUCAGUUACAAGAGAACAGGCUCGCUGCGAAUGCUGCAACCAGGAAACUCAAAAGUGUGAAAGACAUGGUGGAUGAUAUGCAGACAGAGGAAGAUCUGGUUGAAAACAGCAUCUUGAUUAUACAGGCGCAAGACUGGGACCGGAGACUCAGGGAGCGCCAAGCCGCAAAGACGUGUCGAGAGGUCGUGCAAGGGUUUGCAGAUCGUUGGGGACUUGAGAUGAAAGAGGGCGUGAAGGCGGUGGCCUAG